CUUGCACGUGCAUCGCACUAUUGCAUAUUUCGCCAUUAUUGCUUGUGCUUUGAAUUAAUUUAGUGCCCCGCAUACAAAGGCUCGCAGCACAGUAAUAUUCUAUUAAUUCUAUUAAUGGAAUUUUUAAUUUUACUUAUAAUUGUUAUCUUUUCUUUUGCCGGCCUUGCCCUUGACUUAACACCAAUAUUACAUUCGUGAUACGAUCUAAUACUUCCUGAAAAAUAUAACGCAAAUUUGCGUGUGAGCGGAUAAAACGUUUGCUAAUGCGAUAAAAAAAAAGAAAGGGAAUACGUAUUUAGCGUGCACACGUUAAUACGUCGUAAUUGUCGCGCACGACAACGUUUGUUAUUGCGAAUAUGCCGAUGGCUGUUCCUACAGACAGUACGCCGGCAGAUCGUCACAAGUGACGCAUCUCCGAAGAAUAUUAAAUCGAGUGUUGGGCUCUUCCUCUCGUAAUAAUCGCGCGUGAAUUGAUAUGAUAUACCAAUCAAACGCUUUACACUAUCUGUAGUUUUUCUUUCUUGAUGUGAUCUGAAGUUACGUUAUUGAAAUUACAUUAGUCAACGCGGUUCUUCGUUUUUUGAGUGCAGAAAAUAUUGCAAGUACCUUUAAUAUAUCUCGGGAUAUAACUAUUGGAAAAAUUAUUAUCUGUGGCAAGUACAGUAUGCAAGUUAACUCAGCACGGUCGAUGGAUCAGGCGAGAUUCCUGGUAUUCUAAGACUAGACAAAACGUCACGCUCUUCUGAAUUUACAGCCACGCCUCAGACGUUGACUAUGCAGGUAGGUCCGUCGUCAUCCCCCCAACCGUCGACCAGUCGACAGUCGGUUACGUUUGGUAUUGUCGAAUGUCAGAACGAAGAUCUCACUGAAGAAGAUGAAAGGUCGCGAAGCGAACGCACGGAUACGAAAUUUCACAGCGACAAGCAGCGCAUCUCGAUCGCCGCCAAGCGAGCGAGUCCGAGCGGAACCUCACGGAAACCGGCGACGAUGGACAAAUCAACCGCAAAUAGCGAGAAGAACGACAGUGAGGACGAUUACUCGGCAUCAGUUUGCGCGAUUAUGCAACAACAAAACUCGGCACAGAGGCAGAGUCAGUGGAAGCGAUGUCCAUCGUCCCCGUUCGGUGCCGACAACGUCGCGCGCCAUCGAUCAUCGGUUUACACCACGAGCUCCGGGGAUACGAUAAUUCCGAUGGAAGAAAGCAGUAAUCAAGAGCAGAUCUUCGAGGAUCUCAAUCUGCACAAGGAGAUUCUGAGUGGUACAAAACAGCAGCCUUGGCCUCUUCGGCGUAAGAUCAAGCUCGUACGGCAAGCUAAAGCUUAUAUCAGACGCCACGAAGGUGUUCUGCAGGAAAGACUUGCUCAAAGUCACAGCACCAAAGACGUCAUAGCACGUGUCUCGCUUUUCAUGACUAAGAAGUGGCAGUAUUUCCGACGCGAGUUGAUCAAUCUGCAAACGUGGCUAAUACCUUGGGAGGUCCGUAUCAUGGAAAUAAAAUCCCAUUUCGGUUCCGCCGUCGCGUCCUACUUCAUUUUUCUCCGUUGGCUUUUCUGGAUCAACUUCGUCAUCGCGGCAACCCUUACAGCAUUCGUUGUAAUACCUGCAAUAUUGAUUGCAGACGCGAAACUCGCCGGCGAGAGGAAGGACAUGCUGGACGAAGAGAAAAUCAAGUCGAAGAACCUGUGGAUGGAAUUCGAGGAAUUCGUGCUAAAAUCCCCGUUCUUCUAUGGGUGGUACCCUAAGGCCUCGAACAGCAAUUACAAUUUAUCUCUGGCGUACUUUGUCACUAAUCUGGUCGUGUACACGUACAGCUUCGUCGCAAUUCUGCGCAAAAUGGCGGAGAACUCGCGUUUGAUUAAACUGACCGAAAAGGAGGACGAAUAUAUCUUUUCGUGGAAACUCUUCACAGGAUGGGACUUCAUGAUCGGUAAUCCGGAAAUUGCGCACAAUUGUACAGCCAGCAUUAUGCUGUGUUUCAAAGAGGCGUUACUGGAACAAGCGGUGAAGCAAAAAAAUGAGAGAAAUUGGAGAAUCAUCGCGAUGAGGAUAUUUGUGAACGUGGCGGUGCUGUCGUUACUCGCACUGUCGGCAUUUGCCGUGAUCCAGGUGGUUGAACGAAGCAAAACGGAGUCGCAAAGUUGGUGGCGGCAGAACGAGAUCACGAUUAAUCGGCACAAUUGUUUUCAUUCAGCGCUACCAUCUCUCAGACAUGAGACGCUAAAUCCUUUCCUGGAUUAUAAAGAUUAUUUGGAUUACGAAACUGUGGAUACGAAUAGUGGCAACGAAUCUUUUUAUUAUGAGGAAAAAGAUACCCAGAGUGCGGUUGAUAACGAAAUACUUUAUGACACAAACUCGACAGCAAUUGACAAUUUUCUGACUGAUUCGACAAUUGCCGAACAUUACUAUACAAGUUCUACUUUGUUCGAAAGCGAAACCACGACGUCAACAACGAUCGAGUCAGACACAAUGGAAGAUUCAUCGGAAACCAACGAUUUUAAUUUGACCGAAGGAGCAAUAAUUACUCCGUCGUCUUCAGACAGCGAGACGUCAUCUGUUAGGAAAUUCAAUGUCACAUCUAUAAUAGCCGAGACCACACCAAUUACAACGUAUAUCUCAGAAAGUAGCUCUACUUUACAAUCAAAACGUGUAAUUCCUCUCUCAAAAGACAAUUGUGAGGCCAGAUGCUAUGAAAAGAGUAAUUGCACUGCUACACCGCCAAAGAAUUUAAGUAUGGUAGAUCACAGAAAGUUGCUUCAAUCAUGUUGGGAAACUAUGUUCGGGCAAGAACUCACCAAGCUCACUGUCAUGGAUUUGAUAUUCACCAUAUUAGCUAUCCUCAUCAUGGAUUUCUUCCGCGCCGUUUUCGUGCGCUUUAUGAAUAACUGUUGGUGUUGGGAUCUCGAGAAGCAAUUUCCGCAAUACGGUGACUUCAAGAUAGCAGAAAAUAUUCUCCAUUUAGUUAUCAACCAAGGCAUGGUUUGGAUGGGAAUGUUUUUCAGUCCCGGUUUAACGGCACUGAAUCUCUUCAAGCUUGGCGUUCUGAUGUAUUUACGUUCUUGGGCAGUUCUCACGUGCAACAUACCCCACGAGGUGGUCUUCAGAGUCUCCAGGUCUAACAAUUUCUACUUCGCGCUGUUACUAUUUAUGCUAUUUUUGUGCGUGCUGCCAGUUGGUUACGCUAUAGUCUGGGUCGAGCCUUCUUGGUUCUGCGGCCCAUUUUCUGGUUGUCCAAAGAUUUAUAAUUUAGCGACGCAAAGCUUGAUAAAUCCGCUUCCGGAGGAGAUUCAACAAUGUCUCGAUUACGUCGCAUCGCCUGGUAUAGUGAUACCAUUGAUUGUUUUCAUGAUGUUGAUUAUUUAUUACAUGGCAUCUCUCGCUAGAUCUUUACGAGAAGCGAAUAACGAUCUAAAGAUGCAGCUACGACACGAGCGUACUGAAGAACGUCGAAAAUUGUUCAAAAUAGCGGAGAAGAGACAUAUCAUGUCCGAGACUUCGUUGUCGAGAUGGAAAAAAAUUCUGCCGGCGUUGCGACAGGCCAGACUAUCUCGAAAUUUGGAAAUAGUUCAAAAAGAUAACAUACAGAUUGGAAUUGGGAACAUGAAUACAGAGCUAUAUGCAAUUGUCGAAGAACGACUAACGAACGACACCGAAGAAGACUCGCAUCAAAAUCAGGUAUUGUCUAAUUAUGACAACGAGCAACGAGCUGAAGAACUGGACGAUUUGAUAUUAAACGAUAUUAAACUUCUUCCAACAGAAGUAGGCCGAUAAACGUCGUCGGAUGUUCUUGGGACUCACCGUCAAGCGGACAAAGUGCUAUCGUACCGGAAAUCCAAGUAAACGACGAAGAAAAAGUAUUCGACGUUCACGGAAAUAUGGAAUUGGAUGACUUGCCCGAAGACGAUCAAGAAAUAACGUAACGAAUCAAAUGUAAUAAAUAAGAAAUUAUUUUAAAAAUGAGAAAAUAAUAUAUAACUAGUAUUUUCAUGAUCCAUUUAAUUUCGCAUGGAUCUGAGCGGGGAUCUCAAUAUCAAUUUUAUACUAGUCUGUGAAAAAACACGCAUUAAAAGUAUCUUGUCCCUUUAGAAUUCUCCUUAAAAUAUUGUAAAUUGAUAGAUUUAGUAUUAAUGUCUCAUAACCUUUAGACAUGGAAGCGCGCGUUUUCUAUCCAUAUUGCGCUCACUGUUACAAUUGUAGAUUUCUUGAAAUAUAAAAUUCACUCAUUACUAAAUCUAUCGAUGUAAACGAUCAUAGUCAGAAAUAAGAAUUUUGAAAAUAUACCUUUUGCAAAGAUUUACUGGAGCUCUCGAUCACUCAAUGCAGAGUCAAUGAAUCAUCGUUGUGUAGUGAUAUUCCUAUGACGAACGUGAGAAUCACGAUUUCAACAGAUUGUAUGUAUAUUUGUUUGCAUCUUACAAGUAACGUCCGUUGUGUUACAAGUCGUAAAAGAUCGGAACAGUAGUCAUGUUCCGGCGAAUUUGUGGAUUUUACACCUCACGCACGACUCGCGUCCGAAGAGACGGAUUGUAAUACGUACAAUUACGUAAUUCGUACAAUUAUUCGUAUAUUUAUUCGUAUUCGCGACGUUUACAGUGUACUCCCGUAUAUAAAAAAGGUCACUGUUUAGCGGACAAACUUGUGUAAAAAGUACCAAUCGUCUUAAGAGGGUUUAUUUUCAGUAUAUUU